AUGGCGCUGCGGGCCCAGGCGCUGUACGACUUCAGAUCGGAGAACCCGGGGGAAAUCUCGCUGCGGGAGCAUGAGGUGCUGAGCCUCUGCAGUGAGCAGGACAUCGAGGGUUGGCUGGAGGGUAUCAACAGCCAAGGCGACCACGGUCUCUUCCCGGCCUCCUACGUGCAGGUGAUCCGUGCGGCCGAGACGCCGCCGCCCGCCCGCUACGCCAACCUGCCUGCUGGCGGUUUCGAGCCAUUGCUGCCCCCCGCCGCCUUCAAGCCGGCAACACUAGGGGCCCCUGCCACCGCCGGGUACCCUUUUCUGCCGCCACCCUACGGCGGCUCCUACCAGCUCAGCCAGGGCAGCGAUGAUGACUGGGACGAUGACUGGGAUGAAAGCUCCACGGUGGCCAAUGAGCCAGGCUCCCUGAGCAGCUCCUAUCCAAUCUACAAGGCGGAGGGCAGACGGGCCUCUGGCCACUACUGCCUGUCCAUGCAGUCUGACAUGUCCCUGAGCUCCCGCAGUGGCCAGCUGGCAGGUCACCUGCACCCACCCAGCAGCAGCACCAAGAGUUCGGCCAAGGUAAGCCGCAACCUCAACUGCUUCUCGACCUUCGUCAAGUCUGGUGGGGAGGCCUUUGUGCUGGGUGAGGUAUCAGGUUUUGUGAGGGACGGGGACAAGCUGUGCGUGGUGUUGGGCCCCCGGGGCCCUGAGUGGCAGGAGAACCCCUACCCCUUCCAGUGCUCCAUCGAGGACCCCACCAAGCAGACUAAAUUCAAGGGCAUGAAGAGUUACAUCGCCUACAAGCUGGUGUCCAGCCACACUGGGCAGCAGGUGCACCGCCGCUACAAGCACUUUGACUGGCUCUAUGGGCGCCUGGCUGAGAAGUUCCCCAUCAUCUCCGUGCCCCACUUGCCAGAGAAGCAGGCCACUGGCCGCUUUGAGGAGGACUUCAUCUUCAAACGUCGCAAAGGCCUGGCCUGGUGGAUGGACCACAUGUGCAGCCACCCUGUGCUGGCUCAGUGCGAUGCCUUCCAGCACUUCCUCACCUGUCCCAGCACAGAUGAAAAGACCUGGAAACAAGGCAAGUGCAAGGCUGAGAAGGAUGAGAUGGUGGGUGCCAACUUUUUCCUGACCAUCAGUGUCCCUGCUGGCUCUGGGGCUGGCCUGGACUUGCAUGAGGUAGAAAGUCAGGUGGAUGGCUUCAAAGCUUUCACAAAGAAGAUGGAUGAAAGUGCCCUGCAGUUUAAUCACACAGCCAAUGAGUUUGCUCGUAAACAAGUCACUGGUAUCAAGAAGGAAUACCAGAAGGUGGGACACUCCUUUAAGUGUCUCAGUCAGGCAUUUGAGCUGGACCAGCAGGCCUUCUCAGCUGGCCUCAACCAAGCCAUAGCCUUCACUGCAGAAGCCUAUGAUGCCAUUGGGGAUCUCUUUGCAGAUCAGCCCCGGCAGGACCUCGAUGCUGUGAUGGAUUUGUUAGCACUCUAUCAGGGGCAUUUGGCCAACUUUCCAGAUAUCAUCCACGUCCAGAAAGGAGCCCUUACCAAAGUAAAGGAGAGUAAGCAACAUGUGGAAGAGGGGAAGAUGGAACUCCCAAAAGCUGAGGGCAUUGAAAAAGGCUGUAACAUUAUUUCUUUUGCAACUCUAGCAGAAAUUAAUCAUUUCCACAAAAUUCGUGUGAGGGACUUUAAAUUACAGAUGCAGCAUUUCUUGAAACAGCAAAUACUCUUUUUUCAAAAAGUGACACAAAAGCUAGAGGAAGCUCUUCACAAGUAUAACAGUGUUUAA